AUGACGCGCAAUAGUUCUGACGAGGACGGGCCUCUGGAGAUCAUUUCGAUCGCGAGCGACAGCGCUAGGGGCAACGACGACAAUGGCGACGACGACGACGCGCUCCAGCAUGCGUCGAGCACUUCGCUUUCGUGGGCCGCGCUGCAGGUGCAGCAGGACAACGCGCUGCUCCUCGCCAGCCUCGUCCGCCAUCACCUCGAAGGUAGCAGCGGCGGCGGCGCCAGCCGCAGCAGCAGCACCAUCACCACCAGCAACAACGAGGGCUGGAGGCGCUCCGUCCUGGCGCACGUCGAGACGGUGGAACGGCGAUACACCGGCGUCAGCGAUAUAGCUUCGACGCGAGAGCCCUACGGAGAGCUGUGCGAGCUCUGGCAUCGCCUUCAAGAGGACCAGACCACCUCGCCCUUUAUGAGCCGAGCACAGCCGCGAGGCUCGGAUGCAAGCACGAGGGCUUCCCGACCAACCUCUUCGACCGCCACCCGCGACAUCACCCGCGACAUCACCCGCGACACCACCCGCGACACCACCCGCGACACCGCGCGCAGCGCCAACCGCAAUGCCACUCGCGACAGCACUCGCGACAGCGCCCGCAACACCACUCGCAACACCAACCGCGACACUACCCCCCACAGCACCACCGCCAAUGCACGCAGGUCGAAGCGCGGCCGUAUCACGGCUUGA